CAAUCGGUUGGUGUUGCGGAUUGAAUAUGGAUACGUUGAUGUACGUUGAUGUACGUUGAUGUACCUGGUACGGAGUAGGUAAGUUAGAGGGAGCUUUAUUGUGCUGUGCAAGGGAGCUGUUUGUAUAGGUAGCAGGCGGCUCCGUCUCACCCCACUGCGGCAUGCCAACCCCAGCCACUGGAAGCCCCUGGAACUUGGAAUGGUGGGUGAUAGCAGGUACUGGGAGGGGCUGCAUGUGUACAUGUGUUGAUGUGCAGUAUUGGUGGCAGACAAGGUCGUCUCAAAGUCGCUCUUUAACUCCCAUCACUGCAUCUCAUUCCAGCCCACCACCUCCUCCCACCUCCCACCAUUUCUCUCCGCUCUCCACUCUUCCCCCGCGACAGCGACACCAAAACGGGGUCCAACAAAACCAACCAUCGCCAGACCGAACGAACAAUCCCGCAAACGCGACGUGGGACAAAGCAGCUCCUCAUCACGGCGCAACCCGAAAUACGACACACGGCGCUGCGCGAAUCGAAUCGUCUCGGUCCACACGCAAUCGAGCCCGGCGGCCAUUUUUUUUCCUUCUCUACUUUGACAGCUCUCCCACGGCUACACAACGCCAGCGUUGUGCGCAGCUGCGUUCGGGGGCGCGCUGCUGAUUUAAUUGGGGGGCCCUGUUGAUGCGAUACUGCCGCGGCCCUUGUUGCUGGAUGCGAGUGUCGUCAUUGUCGCAAUAGACAAAAGAGAACCAGCGACUCGGCGGCUUGGAGGAUUUCGCCGUGAGCCAUACAUAAGGUACAGAACGCUGGCUUCGAGUGCUAUCGCGAUAAGCCGUCCGUCGCUCCUUUCGUCCUC